AUGCCAAAUAUCUACUUCGCUUUGGGGUUGUUCCUAAUUGUGUGCAAUCUGGAUCUUGGAGUAACUCAAUGGUUACCUACAUAUGAGGCAUUCAGAGAUGAAAAAAUUGAUGAUUUAAAUGGUACAAAUUUAAAGUAAGCAAAUGUAGGAUGGGUGAUAGAAAAUCAAUAUGAAUCUACGUUUGAUGUAGUAACUAAAUGCGGACCAAUAUAAAUUUUAGGAGGUCUAAAGUCAUUCGGUUCUUAAACAACAUUAACAAAGAUGAUUAAGAUUCCUCCACACUAUAGACUUAAAUUUGUUAUACAAUUAUGGAAAAUAGGCGAUUGGGAAAAUGAUAAAAUUCAAGUGUUUGUCGAUGGUGUGCCUUGGGAAAUGAAAUGGGGUUUUACAGAAGGAGCAAAAUAAUUAUGUGGUGGUCCUAAAAUCCCAAACAGCGAUAAAGUUUACGAUGUCGAAUUUGAAGUAGCUCACAAUUCUCCAACAGCUACGAUCGUCAUUGCUAGCACUUAAGUUUAGAAAGCAGAUAAAUAGGCUUGGGGCAUGAGGAAUAUCAAAAUCUCUUUUAAAGAAUGUCCUUCUCAAUGUGGCAUAUGUCAUAAUGACAAAGUUAUUGAAUGCAAAUUUUGGAAGCAAGUGGAUCUUAGUUGGUUUCGUACUGACACCUCAUUAGAAGGAUGGAACUUACUAGAAGGAAGACAAAAGUCGGUGCAAUGCUCAGGAAUCGUUAUGUUUGGAGGGCCUGACAAUAUUGGUAGCAAAGCUGUUUUAACAAAAUAAACAAAAAACUUGCCUCCUCAUUCAAGAGUAAUGAUUAAAUUCACUUUAUGGAAAUUUGGACAAUGGGAUAAUGAUCAAUUUUAUGUGCACAUUGACGAUGAUUAAGUCUAUAAGCAAACAUUCUAAAUCUUGGAUGGAUUAAACAUAUGCGGAAAUUCUAAACCAGGGUAUGGAUAGAAAUUGGUGAAUAUAGAAAUAAUCUAGAAGCAUAAGAAGAAUGAUAUGACCAUAAAGUUCUCCUCUUCCUUAAAGUAAGAUCCUGAAGAUCAAUCAUGGGGAAUUCGAGAUUUUUUCGCUUUUGUAGCUGAAUGUCCAAAAUUCUGCCGAAGUUGUUUUGGAUCUGGAGAUAAUGAAUGUUUGAAAUGUGAAGAAACCCAUUAAUUGAUUGAAGGGAAAUGCGUCAAUAAAGAUGAUUGGUUUAUAUUGGCCAAAGAGUUCAAUGAACCAUCCAGUUUUAAAAAGAUUAGAGAAUGGCAAAUCGAUAAUAUCGAUCCCAUCCAAUCUGAGGUUGAGACUUCUCCAAUUACAUAGUGUGGUAAGGAUGUCAACAUUUUUGGAGGUUACAAAAUAUUGGCUAAGAAAUCUCAAGUUUCAAAAGUGUAUACCAAUAUUCCUCCACAUCAUUUCUUAAGGUUAAGGAUCACUAUGUAUAAAAUUGACAGAUGGGAUGGAGAAGAGUUGGAUAUUCUAGGAGAUGAUAAAUUAGUAUGGAGUCAGCUUUUAGGGUGGAAUGAUCCUGGACAAUCCAAUAUUUGUGGUGACCCUAAAAGUCCAUGGAAGGAGAGAAUUAUGUUUAUCGACUAAGUGGUUGAACACAACAAGGAUGAGUUUAAGUUAACCAUUACAUCCACCUUAUAGGUAACUGCAGACAUUGCUUCCUGGGGGUUUAGAGAUGUAAUGUUACUGUAUUCCCCCAUUAAGGAAUGUAUUACUGUCUUUAGUGAAUGCAAUUAUUAAGGAGAACAAGGGUAGAUUUGUGAGAAUGUUGAGGAGUUAAACAAGUUUGAUUUCCAUAUAAAGUCUAUGCAGAUACCUGAAGGAUUGAAAUUUGUUGGCUUCAAGAAUGCUCAAUUCAAGGGAGACAGAGUUGAAUACACAACCAAUUAGAAAUGUCUUGAAGAUAUUCAAUAUUCAUUCAUCUAAAGAUUAUGA